GAAUGUCGACCGGACCUUCCACUCCCGCUUCCAAGGCACUGCCUUCCACCGGAAAAGGACUUACCUCUAAGGCCUACAAUGGCCUGAUUGGAGCCUGUGAUAAAUUCGUGCCCGCCAAGUUUCGGCCCUUAUGGAUGCAUCCAGCAGGACCUAAAACCAUAUUCUUCUGGGCACCUCUCGUCAAAUGGAGUCUCGUUAUUGCCGGUCUUAGUGAUCUAACGCGUCCUGCGGACAAGAUUUCGCCCAACGGAUGCUUGGCUCUGGGAGCAACGAAUCUUAUUUGGACGCGAUAUGCCUUAGUGAUUAUUCCAAAGAAUUACAGUCUAUUCGCUGUAAACCUUUUCGUGAGUCUGACGCAGCUCUUUCAACUGGGACGCGCCUACAACUACAAGUGGGAGCAGUCCAAAUUGGAGAAGGCCAAGGACCAGGAGCAGCCAUCUGUGGAAGCUAGUCUUUAAUUUAAAUAGUAAAUGUUUUAAAACCUUUGUGUGGAAAAUAAACAAAAAUUAA